UCAACACAUUUCGCCUAUAUAAAUGAAGUGGUUAGGGUUCUUGUGGUAAUCAAACAAAUAUAAUAAUUAUUCACUUGGCUUCUGUACCACAAUGGCUGUCCGAAGCUUCUCAUUUGCUGCCUCUUUGAUCGUUUUCUCGUCGAUGAUCAUAGCCUCUGUGGCUGAUUACGGCAACGAUGCAAACCCAGAAACCGGAACGUUGAUUCCCAUCGCCGUCGAAGGGAUGAUCAUGUGCAAGUCCGGCGACAAAACUUACCCGAUUCAAGGAGCAAAGGCGAGGAUAACGUGCGUGAAGACGGACGAUAAGGGAAAGGAGAUAGCUCCGAUCUCGAUAUUGAGCAAUCCCUCGGACGCAAAGGGUUACUUCUACGCAUCGUUGCAUCCGUCGCAGCUUCCCAUGGGAAGGUACGUGACGAAGUGCAAAGGGUUCCUACACAGUUCGCCCGUACAUGCAUGCGAUUUCCCUACGGACGAGAACAAAGGAAUUCGCGGACAGUCUCUCCACUCCUUCCGCUUCGUCGCCGACAAAGGUCUCAAGCUCUAUUGGCUCAAACCCUUCUUCUUCACCUCCGAACCCACCUUCUAUUGAUGUGUUCUGCUCUGUUUAAACGUUUGUCCUAACGAAAGAGGGAUUUUCCUUUUCCUUUUCCCAUUUGUUGUGAUGUGUUUUGUUCUGCGUGCGUUCUCUUCCAUCGGGUUUUGUAUGGAAUUCCUUGUAAUUGGCACGUGACAAAAAGGAAUCUGACGUUCAUUUUA